GAGAAAAAUAAGCAGAAUGAAACUGCUAUGCUUUAUAGUUGUGGAAAGGAGUAUCGGAGUUCCCAGGCUUAUGAUCAACAUCUCAAAUCACGGAGCCAUCAUAUCAUGAGGGGUUCUCAAGGAACUAAUCAGUCUAAAGAGGAGAAGGUAAUGGUUAAGCCCCUUCCUGGUCGUGUUGUGAAUAAGCCUACUGCAAGCAGGGAGGCAAUCGGUGACGAAAGUGAGGAAAGUGAAGAUGAGUGGGAGGAGGUUGAUCCUGAAGAAGAAUUGGUUGAGGUGGCUUCCAAGUCCUUGACUGCAUUGAAUGUAGAUGAGUCUGCCUCCAGCAAUAAUAUGGAUACUAAUGGUGAGAGGAAGACAGUGAAGAUGAGGAGGGGGAAUUGGAUCCAUCAUGUUGUUUUAUGUGUGAUGUAGAGCAUGAUAGCAUAGAAAACUGCAUGAUUCACAUGCAUAAGCAACAUGAAUUCUUUAUUCCCGAUGUGGAGUAUUUAAAGAUCCAGGAGGCUUACAAACUUAUCUGGGCCUUAAGGUACGAAUUAUAUGUUGUGUACGUUUAUUUGAUGAAUCCUUUUUAUACUUUUCAAUGGCAUUUGUUGUUUCAUUUUCUGAUGUGUGCUUCUUUUUCUUAGGUCAAGAGGGAUUUCAUGUGUCUAUAUUGCAAUGAUCUUUGUCAUCCCUUCAGCAGUUUGGAAGCUGUUAGGAAACAUAUGGCAGCAAAGGGUCAUUGCAAAGUACAUUGUGGUGAUGGCAGCAAAGGGCCAUUAUAAAUUUUUAAAUGAGGA